AUGGAAGUUAAUCCUCUUAGAUUAAAAAGGGAUAAUGAUUCUGAAAAUAGUGAUGAAGAAUAUGAGCCUACGAAGGGUCCUGGUGUCUUGCAUGCUCAAGAUGAUUUAAAGUUAGAAGAAGAUUCUGAUUCAGUUACACUGCAGAUACCACAACAAGAAGAACAAUCGGCAGUUCACGAGCUGCAAGAAGGCUCCUCAAACCAUGAUAACUCUGAAACAUCACAGAAAGCAAUAGAAAAACCCAAUAAGGCUGCGCUGAAUACCGAAACUCAAGUCGAACUGGAACACAAUUCACAUGAGAAGGUGGAUGGUGCUAGCGACAGUAAUCAUGAACAUGAGUCUUUUGUUCCUGAAGAAUUGAAUGCACAUUAUAACGAUGAUAAAGAAGGGACUUCAAAUGGACAAGAUGCAGCUCAGGAGACUGAUUACGACAACUAUGAGCCAGACUUGGAAGCCCCGGGCGAGGACAAGUCGGCGGAAAAGGGUAACAUAUCAAAUGUCGAGAACGUUAAAGCUGAUGCUCAAUCUAAAGAUGAAGAUGACUAUGAUCCGGAAGAAGAAGAAAAGUUACUGGCUCCUGCAUCUUUGCCUAGUAGGCCUCCAGCAGGGUUGCCUCCUAAACCGUUACAAAGUGCCAAAGUGGUGCCUUCCACAGCUCCAAUAAGUGCCCAAGGAGAAAUGGCAGAACUGUUGCGUAAUGCCUACAAUGCCUACAUGCAUAGCGGCUUUGCCAACGACCCCAGCUUUCUGGAAUUGCCACAGUCGGAACAAGUUAGCUCAAUCCAGGAGCUUUUGCAUGAGCGAGAAAUUGACUUGGGUAACGUGAAUUGGGAUCAAGUUUACUCCUACAAUAAACCUUUUAAACAAUUGAAAGAUCCAAUACCUUUAGUCCCUGUUAAUGAGUUUUGUCGCAGGCCAAACAUUACGACGCCGCUGACUCCUGAAGAGGAAAACGAGUACCAAGAAUUUAUUGAAAGGGAGAACCACUAUAUGAACUUGCAAAACUGGGAUGAAUUUCCCGACAAGCUGAGACUAUUUGUUGGAAAUUUGCCUGCAAAUACAAUCUCCAAACAAGAUCUUUUUAGGAUCUUUACUCAAUACGGGGAGGUGAUUCAAAUUGCUAUUAAAGCUGGAUACGGAUUUAUCCAAUUUAGAAGUGCAGAUGCUUGUUUAGACUGCGUCAGGGGUGAAACAGAUACGCCUUUACAUAACAAAGUGUUGAGAUUAGACGCUUCAAAGCCGCAGAAAUCGAGAAGACCGGGUCACCCAGAAGUAAAUAACCCAAACUUGAGUUCUCGUGGCAGAGAGAGGCCUUCUGCUGGUGACGAGCCUGAGAAGAAGAAACGAAAGGGUAGUAUUGAUUGUAUUGUCUACAUCACUGGAAAGUCGUCAGUGUUUUUCAUUAGGAAGGUUAAAAAGGCGUUCGCUAGAUGUCAGAUACUGAUUGGCACGGAAGACGUUACACAAAAGAAUAUUGCUGAUGUUCUCAGUGAAGCUGCAUAUUCAGGAUAUUUGGGUGCGUGCGUUAUUAAGGAACAUAAAGUUGAUAUUCAGACCUAUGAAGAACAGCACAAUGGGGGCAUAAAAUUUGAUGAGUAUGCUGAAAUUGAUCCCGAUGAAGCAGCUGAAGUUAUGGCAAAGGCCAAGCUAGCAAAAUACGGCAGUAACCCUCCUCCAUACCAUCCUCAAGAUACCAGCUACAAUGAAAAUGCAAAUGACAGAGGAAAUAGGCAGCAUGAUCAUGAUAGAAACAGAGGAAAUUUUGGAAGAAAUAAUAAACGAGGCAAGGGAAGACAUGGUCACGCGAAUGAUUCGAGAUAUGGUCAUGAUACUUAUGGUCGUCAUAAUAACAACUACUCCCAGCAAACUUGGUCAAACCCAGACCCUUAUCUGCAGUUUCCUCUGCAGCAGCCACAGCAGCCACAGCAGCAGCAACAAGUGUAUGGUCAAGUUCCACUGGGUCAGUUCUCUCCUUUUGCUCAGCAGCAGCAGCAGCAGCUACAAGGGCAAUUUUCAUCACCAUAUGGAUUUCAACAACCCCAGCAACCGGUUUACAACCAAUUUGCUUCGGCGCAACAGCAACCACCGUUGAACUUUAAUCAACCAAACAUUGCUCAAGCAUUACAAUCUCUUAACGCAAACCAAGUACAGAGCAUGAUUAAUCUCUUGCAGCAGCAGCAGCAGCAGCAGCAACCCCCUCAACCAGGUGCACCACCACUAGGAUCAUCAUAUCCUAUGCAAAAUCAACCUCAAACUGCGCGGGUUACACAGCCCGUGCCAUCACCAGGACCCACACCCGCCGCAUAUGGUCAACCACCUCCUUUAAAUUACAGUGAUGGAGGACGUAGAAGGGGACCGAGGGGCCCCAACUAUGGAUCUAGUAGUCGGCCCUAUGGCAAUGUCCCGCAACCCCACCAAAAUCAUUCUCCAGGGAUUAACAUGAGCCAAACAGACACCCGUCCUAAUGAUUUACUUUCUCAGUUACAAUCCCGUAACUAUUCUCAAGCUGGAAAUUCACAACAAUCUAGUUCAAACAGCGAGCUAAUGGAAACAUUACAAAGAUUAGCCAAAAGAUAA